GCACCAACAACAAACGUCAUCUUGAUUGCCGCCACCUCCGCCGCGUCCGUGAGUCCACUUCAGUUUAUCAUGUACCGAGACGGCUACCUCAUCCUCAUCGAGCAUAAUCCGCGCUCGGGCAAUGUCAAGCCUGCCAUGGUGUUCUGCGUGUUCAGCGACGGUGUGCUCAAGUUUUUCUCCGAGAAAGGUGGGAUUAUGCUCGGCAGCUUGUCGCUUCCCGGGCGCAUUACGAAAGUCAAGGCCGAAUGCGAAGUCCCGACGUUGCUUCCCCAUCGCUUCACUGUGUCCUCUACCGAAGUCACGCGGAUUGAAGGCCGACGCAUAAAACUUGGCGAGACCCGAGUGCUGGAGUUCAGCGCCCCCACCCACGACUUGAUGAAGGAAUGGGCCAACUCGAUGCAUCUGUGGCGACGCAUGAACUGGAAAGACAACGUGACGUUUUUCGAGACGUACGAGCGCAUUGAACACAUCGAGGAACGCGCUUUGUUAAGGUCCUUCCUCAAGACGUCGCCCGACAAAGACCGGUGGUACCUCCACCCACGGUCGAUCUCCCCCAUGAUCAAGGCGCUGUGGGAUAAGCGGAAGAGCCAAAUUGCGUGAGCUACACCUCCAUCUCGCGCUCGAUAGUUCAAUAGGUAUAUAUAUAUAAUGUCAGGUACCCUCGGGCACUUGCAUCUCGCCGGCGUGGCACCCGCGCGCAGAUUUGCA